AUGCCAUUCAAAUUUGUGGCUGGAUUGAGUAGUUCUGACUCGAGGGCACUAUGGACUCGUUCUAUUUAUGCAUUAUCGACUGUAUCGGAUGUGGUUAAGCUCACAUUGAGACAAGCACUACCGGAUGUGACUGAUCUAGAACAUAACUAUAGUGAGGUGCUAUUGACGGCUAUAAAUUUGACCAAAACAAGUUCCUUAAACUGCUCUUUUCGGGUCAAUUUCUUCGACAAGUUUGCGAUAGAGGGAUCACUACCGGAUAAAGCAGUAGAUGGAGACUGCAACAGGGCACGUUGUUUUAGCAUCUUGGUGGAUAGUAAGACACUUAACGUUCUUUUCAAGGACUGCGGCGAGAAUUCUGCUACGUUCAAGCUGCUAUUGAUCUAUGAGGAUGAAUUUGAAUCUGAACAGAGGAGAAGAGUUCCGAGGUCAGGUACACCGUUUAAUGUUGACAAACUCUUUUCCAACAAACUUUUCAUCGAGUUUGAAACGAAAACUGAGAUGACAAAGAGGUAUUCGGUCAGUUUUCGCCUUGGAAAAGAAUCAUUUGAUCUUCGAAUUGAAAGUUUGCACUUGAAUAUGCUCAAGGAACAGUAUUUCAAAGAGGUUGGUCAUGAAGAGGUGGAGAAGAAGGAGCGUGUCAACCAAAUCAUUAUAGAUACAUUUAUUCUCAGGAACUUUAUCAAUAUGUUUCCAGUUACAUUGGAGGAUUUCAAGAUUGAAAUUUAUCCGAAUGAACGGAAACUCUUGUUUCAUGGAUUCAAUAGACAAGAAGCACUUAGUUCCCGUAAGAAACUAACCGCUCUGACAUCCCAACCCAUGAGUCUUUCAAUUCAAAUCAGCCUAAACGAUUUGGCGUAUGAAAAUAUACCAAAGGUCAGUGAAUUGGAAGAGGAGCCGAAGUCUAAGCAGCAAGUUUCGAUGCGAUUAAGGGAUAUGAAGACGUUUAUUCAGCUUACUAGUGUGAAUUAUCUCACCAUUGGGGGAAAUACGUCUAUAGAUGCCUCUAAAGGUAUUGGAAACAACUUUUGUGAGAUGAUGUUUACAGAGUCCGGAAGUCCAAUAGUAUUUGAGCGAAAAUACAGUACUAAUAGUGAAGAUACAGGUAAUGAUUGUUGCCAGAUAACGCUAAUUGCCAUUACUGACGGCGAAGGAGGUAAAGCGAGAAUUGAACAAGAGUCUGUGAGUCAUAUAUUCGAAGCAGAGGAGGUUGUUGAUACAGCUAAUCAUGAGAAGGACAAGCACAAUGAGCCUUUAUUUGUUAAUGAAGAAGAUGGUAACGAUACAGAAGAAGAUAUAGGAGAACAGAAGGAGCUAGAUAGUAUAUUUUGGGAGAAUAGCAAGUUUCACACGCGAGAGGUAACGUCUAUUCAAGCGGCAGGAUCUGGUGAAGUAGCAGGACCUGGUGAAGUGGCAGAGCCUGGUGAAGUAGCAGAGCCUGGUGAAGUAGCAGAGCCUGGUGAAGUGGCAGAGCCCAUUGGGGUAGCAGAGCCUGCCGGAGAGCCCGUUCAACCGGCGGAAGAAGCCGAAGUGAGUUCUGACGCACAUUCCCCAUCUCUGCCUUCACAGAUCGGUCCCACACAAAACAUAGUCAAAUUUAAAGGUAUAUUUGAUUAA